AUGACUGAUUAUGUCUCAGUUCGAUCAAAUUGGUCGUCUACUAAUUCAAUCUCACUCGAACAGAUUUGCGAUGUUAUUCUUGAGGAGGAAAAUCAAUCGACAGAGGCGGAUAACCAAGACACUGAUGAUCAUUCUAGUGUGAUUUGUGAUUUUUGUUUACCGUCUAAUAAAAAGAUGACGUCAGCAGACGAGAGUUUAACUAAUGUCAUACUUCGCUGCAACCCAAAUGAUACACGAGAAGAUCCUGUGAUUAUCAUAAGUGUACUUCAACCUGAUGAACGGCAAAUUGUUUCAAUUCAACUUCUUUCCAAUGCAAGACAUAUUGAAUUUUAUCAUCGAGAAUAUCUCGGAAGUUGUCAAGGAUCACGGGUAACGGAACUAGAUAGUGAGUGUAUCUAUGAAUCAGCAUUCGAACUUCAUCAAGUACAUGAACAACUGACCUUAAAAUGUUUGAAACUUGCUGACGCAGAGGGAUUGACCAUCUAUUGUAUACAGAUAACAAUGAAAAAAAUUCAAUCAGUCCCAUCAACAAGCUUUCCGUUCGAUAUCAAUCGCGUUCGGUCAAUGGUUGACGAAAACCAUUUAUCAUCCAAUGCCCGUCAAUUCAUGAACGAUCUUCAACAUAUUCAAGAACAGCGUCGAACGAAAGAAGUAUCCUCACCACAAUUCAACCUAAGCUCAUUGAUGUCAUUGAUGACUGGUAUGAAAUCUUCGUCGACGGCCUCGAAGCAAGCAUCAUCCGCUCCUCUCUCAUCAAUAGUUAAUGAAAUAAGAUCUUCUUUGAAUGAAGAUGUGAAGAAUACUUGUAGUCAAGACAAUGAAAAAACAAAACAAGAAUUAAACGCCUUAGAAAAUCGUCUCGAAUCCUAUAUUGCCCAGCGAUUCGAUGAACUCAAACAACAUAUCGAUAAACGCUUUAAUCAUUUAGAAGAUUUAUUAACUAAAAACAAAUAA